AUGCCAGACUCACCAGAGCAUUCGGCAGGCGAGCCGCCCCGAGGUGAUGAGCACGCGCACUUUCUCUGGGUCUCCCAGGGAGACCGGGAACCGAUUCGAGAGUUGGCCAGUCACGGCAACUUUGACGAGCACUAUGAAUCGACUUUCAACAAGGUGGCGGCCGUGACCGAAUAUUACUGCCGUGACGGAAAGUGCACCCUGAUGUUCGAGCCGCGUCUGCACGACCUCUGGUAUGCCUACUACAAAGGCGGCAGACACAUCCCGCACUCGAAACCCGUGCAGAAUAGGCUGGCGCUUAGCCUCGUCCAAAUUCGAGGGCCGGGGCCUCUGACCAGGCCAAAUCCAGGAAACGUUAGUUUCUAA